CGACGAGCUACCCAAAACGCUUAGGCGAGCUUCACUCGAUUUCUUACACCCUCUGGAUCGGGCGACAAGAAUCCAUCAUGACACACCCUUGCCAGAUUUUGUAGGUAGCAACCUUGGUCAUGAUCCUUUUACCUCAAGUCUCAGUGUAUUGUGCAACGAUCUCCGCCAUAUGCAACUACGGGCCAUGAUCGACGAGAGCAUGUUCCCAGCACUGUCACCACAGAACUUGACAACAACACACACCUCUUGGCCGAACCUCGAACUACUCGACAUUAUGUUUCACAACGCCCGUCAAGAUGGAACAUGGUAUUUCUCAGGCUCAACCGGGGAAGGCCAAGUUGCACGUGAUCUCCCUGUCACAGGCGCUUCCUACCCACCCUACGUUCCUACGGAGCUGGAUGAGGAAAUGGACGAGCGGUACAGCGACAACUGGCAACAUAGUACCGUGCGUACUGCGAACAAUAGACAGUUCCGUAUCGCUCCUGACGCUAAUCUCAUUCCACUGCUUGAACGCCUCGCAAGAGCAGCGACACAGAUGCCGAUACUCAACAAAGCAACAAUAUGGUCGCCCAUAAAUGGGUCCGAUAUAAAACCCGAGGACAUGCCUGUGGGCCAUCAGAAUCUAAAGGUAGCAUGGGGUAUCAUAUACACUGAACCAGAACGCUCCAAACGAUUUGGACCACACCGUCGACUGGAAUGGUCGGUAGGAAAUUGGCGCCCUGACAAGGAACUGCAUAGUCUCUUCCAGGAAAUCGGACGCGCGAAACAUGGAGAUGAACUUACAGAGCGUUGGUCCAAGAGUUAUAGUUGGGCGGAGAUAUGGACUCCAUAUGAAUUUGAAAAAGCCGCGGGAAGGAUGUUCAGCGAUUAUGGGAAAUGCGUUUGAGAAGAUAUACUGACCGAUGAAAAACUCGGCUCGUGGCCCUCUACGAGAUAUUUACUAUGGAGUUUAUGAACCGACCAGGUAAGCUGCCCGAAAGUCGCGGCCAUAGCAGUUCACAGGGAUAGGUC